GGUGGGUCGCGUGCGCGCGGUCGAAGAAACAUUAUCGUCCCGUGCGUACGUGUUGCUACGCUCGGGUGUCGCCGAUAAGUUCGCUCGAAACGUUUCGUUUUUGGUUCUGUUUUAAUUCGAUUGUUGUUGACACACGCGGAGAUUGUUUUCCGACGCCUGGAUCCCCGUUGUCGAUCAUAACGACUUGGUGGAACAUAUCGCACCGACCAUAUCAGACGCGAAGAUGUCCCAUCGUCCGCGGUAACGAACGCAUCUGCAUAUCAGGAAACGAACCAUAUCUACAAAAUGUUGAUUAGAAAACGCUGAUAUCUCGACGUCAGCGAUAACGCUAAUUCCGAAAUCUCGCGGUAGUUAGUCGAUUGUGGCGCGUAGACGGUGUGAUCGCGUUUUCAGUAUGCGCUAGAGAAGAGAAAAGUGUGUAAACAUUCUUCGAACGAUAAUGGGCGUGCUGUGGCGGAAAAGGUCUCUACUAUUGAAGCUGGUGGUGGUGAUCGGAACGGCAUGGUUCACGAUAGCGGUGUUGCUGUUUAGGGAUUCCACCCAGGAGGUGAGGAGGAGAAUUGCGGUGCCGCUAGAACAGCAACAGUUUGGGGCUCGCGACCAUGCUGAUUUACCUGCACCCGCUGCCAGAAUCAUGCCGUUCCAAACGGCACUCCCUGAAGUUCCUCAGAAAAAAGACGAAGAAAAUCUAGUGUUAGCACCACCGCAAGAGUUGCCUGGAGAGAUGGGCAAAGCCGUUCAACUACCGACUAAUUUGACAGGCGACGUAAAAAAAAUGGUGGACGAUGGGUGGAUGAAAAACGCUUUCAAUCAAUAUGCCAGCGACAUGAUUAGCGUACAUAGGAGUUUACCCGAUCCGAGAGACGAAUGGUGCAAAAAGCCGGGUCGAUACUUGGACAACCUCCCAUCGACAUCGGUGGUCAUUUGUUUUCACAACGAAGCCUGGUCAGUGCUCCUAAGGACCGUUCAUUCGGUUCUGGAUCGGUCUCCGCGACAUCUGAUCGAAGAAGUCGUCCUCGUCGACGAUUUCUCGGAUAUGGACCACCUGAAAGGCCAGCUGGAAGAAUACUGGACCAAGGAGCCCAAAGUUAAAAUCGUAAGAGCGCAGAAACGGGAAGGACUUAUACGUGCCAGGUUGUUAGGGGCUCGCCACGCAAAGGGCAAAGUCCUGACGUAUCUGGACUCGCACUGCGAGUGCACCGCCGGGUGGUUGGAACCGCUACUGGACCGGAUAGCUCGUGAUCCGACAACGGUGGUGUGCCCCGUCAUAGACGUCAUCGACGACACGACGCUGGCCUACAUGUACCAUGACAGUACCGGCGUUAACGUAGGCGGUUUCGACUGGAACCUGCAGUUUAACUGGCACGCGGUACCCGACAGGGAGAAGAAGAGGCACAAAAACACCGCCGAGCCGGUCUGGAGCCCCACCAUGGCCGGCGGCCUUUUUAGUAUCGACAAGGAAUUUUUCGAAAAGCUGGGCACCUACGACGAAGGCUUCGACAUAUGGGGCGGCGAGAACCUCGAGCUCUCGUUCAAGACGUGGAUGUGCGGCGGCACGUUGGAGAUAGUGCCUUGCUCCCACGUCGGCCACAUCUUCAGGAAGAGGUCGCCGUAUAAGUGGAGGAGCGGCGUUAACGUGUUAAGAAGGAACUCGGUACGAUUGGCCGAGGUGUGGCUCGACGAGUACGCCAAAUACUACUAUCAGAGGAUUGGUAACGACAAAGGCGAUUUCGGCGACAUCAGCGGCAGGAAAGCGUUGAGAGAAGGGCUGGGGUGCAAGAGCUUCAAGUGGUAUCUGGAUAACGUGUAUCCGGAACUGUUCAUACCAGGGGAAGCUGUCGCUAGCGGCGAGAUACGCAACAAAGGUUACGGAGGCAAGACGUGUUUGGAUUCGCCGGCCCGCAAGAGCGACCUACACAAGCCCGUCGGACUAUACCCUUGCCACCGACAAGGCGGCAACCAGUUUUGGAUGUACAGUAAGGCGGGUGAAAUCCGACGAGAUGAAGCCUGUGUCGAUUACAGUGGACAAGAAGUCAUCCUAUACCCCUGCCACGGAAGUAAAGGCAACCAGUAUUGGGAUUACGAUCCCGACAAACAGCUCAUACGUCACGGUAGCAGCGAUAAGUGUCUGGCUAUCAACGAGGCGAAAAAUAAAUUAGUCAUGGAACACUGCAACCUGGACAGUGCCCACCAGAGGUGGUCCUUAGAAAAUUUCGACCCGAGCAAACUUUAGUGAAUCCGCGCGUGUAGGUAAAACGUUAUGACGACGAACGUCUAAUCACUAACGUGAAAAGUUUUCGAUACUUUGUCGAUAUUUUUACUCUGUGGUGCUCUAUUUGUUGACGAUUUCGGCCCGUGAUGUGAUGCAAAUUCGUUAAACGAACAUAUCCACUUUAUUUCGCAUAUCGUUUCGCAUAUCAAAGCGUUUUAUUCGAAGAACUACGCCAUUGAAAAUUUUAAACAUUCCAUAAAAGUAUUGGUUUUAUAUUAUUAUACGUUUUUGAAAAUAUAUAUAUAAAAUGAAGUAUUCUGUUCAAAGCUAAAUGGCGAGCUUAUAGAACAAUUCAACGUUCUCGGAAAUCCCCUCCCCCCCCCCACCCAAGCCCUUUGGUGACGCAACAAAUCGCCACAGGGUGUUUCAAAAUUCAGUACCAAGAUUUCAGGCACAUAUUUUUCCGAUAAACAUGUGUCCGCAAAUGCUUCGUGGCACAUAUAUAAAACGUUAACAUUGUCAAUAUUUUUUCCUUUACAUCUCUUGCAGCUUUUGAGGUCAAAAUUAAAGCCCUCUCCACCUGAACUUUCUUGGAUUUAUUUGGAUACUUUUUAAUUUCUUGUAAUUGAUUAGUAGUGUCUGCCGCCAUUACAAAGAAAAAAUUAAAAUAAAUUUUCUUUCUUCUCGGGCUUCGCUAAUUUUAAUUCAACUAUUAAAUGAUGGUCAUAAGUGGUUUUCUUAUUAUUUGAAAGUUGUUUUAAUUCGUUUAGGAAUAAAAUAGAAAAUAAAUCAAAAAGUCCAAUUUCAAUUUGAAAACUAUAUUCCCAAAAUCUGCGUACUGAAUUUUGCGACACCGAAAAGGUAUUUUAAAAUUAUUUCUGUUGUCGAAAUGACGAAAAAUUUAUAAACAUUCCAACAAAAAAUUCUUUUCGCUAGUUAAGACUCAUUGAAAGUUGAAACUGAAAAAUAGAUAAACAGUUGGAAUAUUUACAUCUGUUAUUGUCGAAUUUACCAGUGUGAUUAAAUGCGGCAAUUUUUCUAUUGGCACUUGGUACGCCCAGAAAUAAGGUUCACUAAAAAUAAAAAAUCUUUCAGGUAAUGCCUUCAUCGAUGGAACGUAAUUGUUUAUUAAUUCCUAGCAAUAAUCCCUCAAGUUUAAAAAACAAUGUUCGUUUCGAACGAAAAAUUAAUCACUUUAUUCGUUAGUCACUUUUAAAUGUGAUAUUCUUUGUUGUUUAUUUUAAUAUGGCUUGUUACUUGAUUUUAUGUCAUUUUUGUAAGGCUCAAUAUCGGUUAAAAUGGAAACACUCUUCCUCGUGCAUUGGUAUUCAGGCGAAUAGAUUUUGCAUAAAUUCAUAAAAAUAUCUUUGUUAGGUUAAGAAAUAGGUAACGGUGAGUAGAUCUCGCGCAAAGAAUUUGGAUCUAUUACAAUAUCAUCGGCGCCAUUCGCACUUAUACAGUGCGAAGCUGUCACAUGUAUCAUAUUCUACAUUUUUAGUAUUUAUACGAUAGACAUAAAUAGGCCAGUGUAUUGUAUUUUUAUAACGUGCCUUAAUUUUUUGUGUAUAUAACGAUG